GUGAACAACAACACAGGACGGGUUUGUGUGUUCUUCCUGCAGGUGGUGGUGGGCAGUAGAGUCCUGCCCGCAGCCUGCACACCGUCUGGGAGGAUCGGCCUGUGCUCCGUGUGCUAUGUUCGCUUUACGCACAACUUGGGUGUAAAUCCAGAAGCUGCAGCUGUCCGUGAACGCACCACAGCCGCACACCAUGGCUCCGUCCCUGAUCCGCGCCUGCCGCAGUCUGGCUCUGUGGACGUGGCUGCUGUCCUUCUGCUUCGUCCACCUGCUGUGUCUGGACUUCACCGUGGCGGAGAAGGAGGAGUGGUACACGGCUUUUGUCAACAUCACCUACCUGGACCCGGUCACCUCCGAGCUGAAGACGGAAAAAACCGAGUGCGGCCGAUACGGAGAGCAUUCCCCGAAGAAGGAAGCCCGAGGUCUGGUUCUGGUUCCGUCCCUCCCGCAGGACAGACAGGCGUGCGACCCAAACGUCCGGUUCCGAUCCGUGCCUCCGAACACCGCCUGGGUGGCGUUCGUGGCCGCUGGGAAUUGCACGUUUCGGGAUAAAAUCCGGAACGCCGCCAGCUCCAACGCCUCUGCGGUUGUAGUUUAUAAUGUGGGUUCGGCCGGUGCCAACGACACCAUCACCAUGCCCCAUCCAGGUACAGGUGAUGUUGUGGCCAUCAUGAUCUCGGAGCACAAAGGUCGAGAGAUCGUGGCCUUGCUGGAGCAGGACGUUGUGGUCAUGGUGCACAUCACGAUAGGAACCCGUAACCUGCAGAAGUACGUGAGCAGAACAUCGGUGGUGUUUGUCUCCAUCUCCUUCAUCGUUCUCAUGAUCAUCUCCUUGGCGUGGCUGGUCUUCUACUACAUCCAGAGGUUUCGCUACGCUAACGCACGAGACCGCAACCAGAGACGUCUGGGAGAUGCUGCCAAAAAAGCCAUCAGUAAGCUUCAAACACGCACCAUUAAGAAAGGAGACAAGGAGACAGAGUCAGAUUUUGACAACUGUGCAGUUUGCAUUGAAGGAUAUAAGGCUAAUGAUGUUGUGAGGAUAUUACCCUGCAAGCAUGUUUUCCAUAAACACUGUGUAGACCCGUGGCUACAAGACCACCGGACGUGUCCCAUGUGUAAAAUGAACAUCCUCAAGGCCUUGGGAAUCCCGCUCAACGCUGACUGCUCCGAUGACGUUCCUCCAGACUAUGACACGUCGGUCGGGGGUCCUCCAACCAAUCCCAUCAGCGGAGCCAGUGAAAUCACGGUGAAUGAGAGUUCAGUGGUGCUGGAUCCAGAUGGAAGAGCUGUGGGCCUGCAGCAGCUCCACGCUGAUGUGGGGACAGCGCCUCAGGCAGGAGAAAGCCACGUCAUCGCCAGCAGUGAACACCAGCCACAGCUCAGCAGUGAAUCAGACACUUCACUCAUCAUGGGUGUGGAUGUGGGCAUGUCUGAAGUGGACCUGUCAACGGAGCUGGAGUGUGAAGGGGCCAAAUCUUGAUCUAAUCAGAGUCGAGCACAAAGAGUGAAGGAGCUCCUGGAGACACAUCUUUGGCCACGAGAGGAAGUGGCCUCACAGAAGAUGGACCAAUGAGCAAUACGACCCAGAACAGCACAAAACGUCUCUUGCUUAUCCUUACCAACAUUAAAGAAAACACUACUGUGGACAUGUGGCUUGCUCAGUGUCUCGCACAUCGUCGUUUUGCCGGUUCGACCUCCAUGGUGAUCGGGUGGCCACUCACAGCUCCUACAUUGUGGUGACCCAGUUUUUCCACACAAUUCAACAGAAAUUCUUUCAACUUGCGAAGAUGGAAAGACUUUUUUCUUUUUGCACCCAAAAACCUUGCUGCUGGACACAACAUGGGCCUCCUUUUACACUGGGCUCCAGCUUUAAGUAUGUAGAAAUAUGUGCAGAUGGUUGUUGUGGUAUGAGAUCACUGCCAACGUUAAACAGAUGUUCAGCUGUACAGAUGUGAUGUGGAGACACAACGCGUAAACAGCCUAAAACAGCAGUCCGUUCGGGGUCCCGUACAAUUGGUGUGAACUCCCACCAGCAGUUUGUUCUUUUUUUUUUUUCCCUCAGACUUGGCCACAUUUUACUCAUCAGAACUUGAAGUGUAGGUUUUAACAUUUUAUGUGGUCACGUGACAUUACGGAGAUGAAAUAUGUAUGCACAAAUUAUGCUGUAAUUUCUAAAUGUAACUGUUUGUGUCUAUUUUGUGAGAUGUUGAUUUUUAAUACUUUACCAAAUGAUUAAUCCUAUUGUGGAGAGGAAAUAACCAAACCCAAGCGACAUAUUUCCGUCCUCACUGUUGACAAUCAUAGAAAACAACAAGCAAUUUAAAGUGAUGUCACCCACUGCCCUUUUGAAGCUGCUGCUGAUUCACAAAUUAACACAUGUCGCCAGUCAUCACUACCUGCUGUCUGCUACGAGGGACAUGUUUAUACUAGUGCUGUAGACGUUGCUGCUAAUUACAGAUACACAGUUUGUUUGCCAAUAACAACCAGUUCCUUUGAGUUGGCCAACAUAAAUAUGACAAGAAGUCUGUGUGCCAGGCUUAUCAGUGGUGUUUAAACAGUGUUGUUGUUGUUCUUCAUUUUACACUGAUUCCUUUGGCGACUUAGUGGAAAUAAAUAGCAUCUGUAUGUGAUAUGAAACCUAAAUAAUAAUAUAAAGGUGCGUAUGACGGUUAUGUAAGAAGAAAAACUAAAACUAUGUAAGAAAAGAUGCCUAAAAAUGUAAUUUGAUUAAUGUGAUGUGAUUGGAGAGAAGUGUGUUUUUAAGCUUUUUUUUUUCUUUUCUUUUUCUUAACUGUCAACAUGUGA